AUGCCACUCAGCCAGGCCGGCAGGACCCUCGUCCCAGGCAGCCAGGCUACCUCUGCGAAUCACACCCCGGAGGACGCGAAGAGCGGAGCGCGCCCCAAGGAGGAGACCACGCCUUCCCACUUCCCGCCGCUGUCCCGUAGCCGCCGCGCCGCCCCUCCCGCGGGGCCUGCAGUGUCGCCCACGCAGCCCGAGCCCCUCCAGGCCAGAGGCUCCCGAAGGGAGCCAUCUUCCUGGAAGGGGCGGAGGAGCGGAGGGGCUGGUGGGGGAGGAGGACCUGGAGGUGGGAGCGGCGGUGCAGCGGGACCCCGAAACCUGGAAGGCCCAGCCGCGGAGCCCCUCCAGUGGGAACUGGAGGCUGUGAGUGCCCAGGCCGACUGGCCCUACCUGCGGCUGGAGCGCCGGUUUGGACGCAUGCGCUGUCUGCACUUGGUCCGUAGACGCUUCAUCCAGAAUAUUUCAGGCUUCUGGGUCACUGCCUUUCUGAACCACCCGCAUUUGUCAGCCAUGAUCAGCCUGCGUGAUGAAGACAUGCGCUGGUACUUGGUGAAUUUGGAGGUGAGGGAGCUCAGGCAUGCCAGGACGCGCACCAAGUUCAAGUUACGCUUUUGGAACAACCCCUUCUGGAACAAGGUGUUCGUGAAGGAGCGAGGGCAGAUCCUCAGGACUGGUGGUGUCAGUUGCACCUCUCAUCCGAUGGUACUAGGGCCAAGGAACCCCCUGUGCUGGUCCACAGGAACUGGGACACUAUUCGCAGCUUUUCAGCAGGUUCUCACAGCACAACCUCCCAGAGGCCGACGAGGUUGCCCAGAUUAUUAA